AUGGAACGCUGCCGUUGGGCAACUCCUGGCACACCGCUCCUCUUCCUGGCUUUCCUACUCCUGGUAAAUUUCUUUUCAUUUCAAUACUUAGGUCUUACCAUAUACAUUGUGUUAUAUAUUAAGUCGCGUUAUGUUUCGUUGCUGUUGUUGUAUGUGAGGGAAGUGUGCCUGUUACGUUUCCAUCUUAAAGCGCCAGGUAAAUUUGUUAUCUCAGAGAUUUAGAAAAGGAAAAGUUCCCCCCAAACUUACUCUCCGAGGGAAAUCAAAUCUUGGAGACUUAGAAAUUUCCUCCAGAGUUCAAGGACAGCCCGUUCAGAAGAAGACCGGGAUGCAUUGUGGGAUGCCUGGGGUCCAUGGAGUGAAUGCUCCCGAACUUGUGGUGGAGGGGCCUCCUACUCACUGAGACGUUGCCUUAGCAGCAAGAGCUGUGAAGGACGUAAUAUUCGAUACAGAACCUGCAGCAAUGUGGACUGCCCUCCAGAAGCAGGAGAUUUUCGAGCCCAGCAGUGUUCUGCUCACAAUGAUGUCAAGUAUCAUGGCCAAUUGUAUGAAUGGCUACCUGUGUCGAAUGACCCCGACAACCCGUGUUCUUUGAAGUGCCAGGCUAAAGGGACUACUCUUGUUGUUGAAUUAGCCCCUAAAGUUUUAGAUGGUACAAGAUGCUACACAGAAUCACUGGACAUGUGUAUUAGUGGUUUGUGUCAAAUUGUUGGCUGUGACCACCAGCUAGGAAGCACCGUCAAGGAAGAUAACUGUGGAGUCUGCAAUGGAGACGGUUCCACCUGCCGGCUGGUCAGAGGGCAGUACAAAUCGCAGCUCUCAGCAUCCAAACUUGAUGACACCGUAGUUGCCAUUCCCUAUGGAAGUAGACACGUUCGCCUUGUCUUAAAAGGACCCGAUCACUUGUAUCUGGAAACCAAGACACUACAGGGUACAAAAGGUGAAAAUAGCCUCAGCACUACAGGUUCCUUCCUUGUGGACAAUUCCAGUGUUGACUUUCAGAAGUUUCCAGAUAAAGAGAUAUUGAGAAUGGCCGGACCCCUCACUGCAGAUUUUAUUGUCAAGGUCCACAAUGCUGGAGCUGCUGAUAGUACUGUUCAGUUCAUCUUUUAUCAGCCCAUCAUACACCGGUGGAGAGAGACUGAUUUCUUCCCUUGCUCAGCAACCUGUGGAGGAGGUUACCAGCUGACGUCGGCUGAGUGCUACGAUCUGCGGAGCAGCCGUGUCGUGGCAGAUCAAUACUGCCACUAUUACCCAGAGAAUGUCAAACCCAAACCAAAGCUUCAAGAGUGUAACUUGGACCCCUGUCCUGCCAGUGACGGCUACAAGCAGAUCAUGCCUUAUGACCUCUACCAUCCCCUUCCUCGGUGGGAAAGCACGCCAUGGACAGCCUGCUCCUCCUCCUGUGGAGGUGGCAUCCAGAGCCGGACAGUUUCCUGUGUAGAAGAAGACAUCCAGGGGCAUGUCAGUUCAGUGGAAGAAUGGAAAUGCAUGUACACUCCUAAGAUGCCUAUUGUUCAGCCCUGCAACAUUUUUGACUGUCCUAAGUGGCUGGCACAAGAGUGGUCUCCGUGUACAGUGACAUGUGGCCAGGGACUCAGAUACCGUGUAGUCCUCUGUAUUGAUCAUCGAGGAAUGCAUACAGGUGGUUGCAGCCCUAAAACAAAGCCACACAUAAAAGAAGAAUGCAUUAUACCCACUCCCUGCUAUAAACCCAAAGAGAAACUUCCUGUGGAAGCCAAGCUGCCAUGGCAUAAGCAAGCCCAAGAACUGGAAGAAGGAGCCGUGGUGUCAGAAGAGCCCUCAUUCAUCCCCGAGGCCUGGUCUGCGUGCACGGUCACCUGUGGCGUGGGAACCCAGGUGAGGAUGGUGAAAUGUCAGGUGCUCCUGUCUUUCUCCCAGUCUGUGGCCGAUCUGCCCGUUGACGAAUGUGAAGGUCCCAAGCCGGUGUCCCAGCGUGCCUGCUAUGCCGGACCUUGCAACGGGGAAAUAUCUGAUUUUAACCCUGAGGAGACAGACCUGCUCUAUGGUGGCCUGCAGGAUUUUGAUGAGCUCUAUGACUGGGAGUAUGAGGGCUUCACCGAGUGUUCCGAGUCCUGUGGAGGAGGUGUCCAAGAGGCUGUGGUGAGCUGCCUGAACAAACAGACGCGGGAGACCGCGGAUGAAAGCCUGUGCGUGACCAGCCGGCGGCCACCGAAGCUCCUGAAAUCCUGCAAUUUGGAUCCCUGCCCUUCGAGGUGGGAAAUUGGCAAGUGGAGUCCAUGUAGUUUAACCUGUGGAGUCGGUCUACAGACUCGGGAUGUUUUCUGCUCCCACCUACUUUCCAGAGAGAUGAACGAGACUGUGGUGCUGGCGGAUGAACUGUGCCACAAACCCAAGCCCACCAUAGUACAAGCUUGCAACCGUUUCAACUGCCCACCAGCCUGGUACCCUACAGAAUGGCAACAGUGUUCCCGGACCUGUGGAGGGGGCGCUCAGAAAAGAGAUGUUCUUUGCAAACAACGAAUGGCUGAUGGCAGCUUCCUCGAGUUGCCAGAGACCUUUUGCUCAGCCCCAAGACCUGCCUCUCAACAAGCGUGCAAGAAUGAAGAUUGUCCUCAUGAAUGGCUUCUCUCUGAGUGGACACAGUGUUCCACGAGCUGUGGAGAGGGCACCCAGACACGCAGUGCCGUCUGCCAAAAGAUCCUGAAAUCUGGAGAGUCGGUCAUUGUCAACUCUUCCCUGUGCCCAUCAUUGCCUUUCUCUUCCUCUGUCCAGUCCUGCAUGCUAGCAGCCUGUGCAAGACCCAGUCGCCCAUCUCCAAAGCACAGUCCGCACAUUACAGCCGUCAGGAAGAUAUAUAUUCAGACCCGGAAACAAAGAAAGUUACACUUUGUGGUAGGGGGCUUUGCCUACCUGCUUCCCAAGACUUCUGUGGUCCUCAGGUGCCCCACACGGAGGUUCCGAAAGCCUCUCAUCACCUGGGAGAAGGAUGGCCAGCACCUCACCAGCUCUGCCCACAUCACAGUGGCCCCUUUUGGCUACCUGAAGAUUCAUCGUCUGAAGCCCUCUGACACGGGCACCUACACCUGCUCUGCAGGACCAGCUCAGGAACAUUUUGUGAUCAAGCUCAUUGGAGGCAACCGUAAGCUUCUGGCCAGACCCUUGGGAUUGAGGGGUGAGGAGGAGACCCCGCCAGGAAGGAAGAAUAGCCCAAAUGAGGCUCUGCGCACCCAGGAGAAGCAUCAAAAUGGAAUUUUUUUCAAUGGCAGUAAGGCUGAAAAGCGAGUCCCCCCAGUUGACCCAGGAAGCCGCUAUGAUGACAUUGUCUCUAGGCUGCUGGAGCAGCGAGGUUGGCCUGGAGAGCUAUUUGCCUCUUGGGAGGCCCAGGACUCUACAGAGAGGAACAUCUCCUCAGAAGAGGACCAGAAUCCAGAGCAAGCCCUCCUCCACCUGCCUUUCACCAUGGUCACUGAGCAGCAGCGGCUAGAUGACCUCCUCAGAAACAUCUCCCAACAGCCCGAGGAGCUCCGAGACCUCUACAGCAAACACCUGGUGUCCCAGCUAGCCAGGGAAAUCUUCAGGAGUCACCUAGAGCAUCAGGACUCCCUCCUCAAGUUCCCAGAAGGAAGAAUCCACCCCGUGGCCAUCCCUCCCCACAAACAUGUGUCUGGAUUCAGCAGUUCUCUCCGCAUCUCCUCCCCGGGCUCCUCGGGAGAGAUGAGAAGUGGCCAACCCCACAGGAAGCCCGUGAUCCUAAGGAAGAUUUCAGCAGCCCAGCAGCUCUCAGCCUCCGAGGUGGUCACACACCUUGGGCAGACUGUAGCCCUUGCCAGUGGCACACUGAGUGUGCUUCUGCACUGUGAAGCUGGGGGAAACCCAAAGCCUACCAUCACGUGGGCCAGGAACGGGGAAGAGGUUCAAUACAACGACAGGAUUCUUCUGCAACCAGAUGAUUCCUUACAGAUCCUAGCACCUGUUGAAGCCGAUGUGGGUUUCUACACUUGUAAUGCCACAAAUGCCCUGGGAUCUGACUCUGUCUCCAUUGCUGUCACUUUAGCAGGAAAACCAUUGGUGAAGACGUCAAGGAUGACUGUGACCAAUACAGAUUUGCCUGCUGUCACAGUUGAUGUGGGAAGUGUCAUCAAAACCAUCCAGGGAGUAAAUGUGACAAUUAGCUGCCAAGUUGCAGGUGUGCCUGAAGUAGAAGUCACUUGGUUCAGGAAUAAAAGCAAACUGGCUCCCCUUCACCACCUGCAAGAUGGCUCCCUGUGGAUUACAAAUGUCUCCUUUUCUGAUCAGGGGCUCUACUCCUGCAGGGCAGUCAAUCUUCAUGGAGAAGUGACCGAAAACACCCAGCUAGUGAUCCUAGAUCCACCCCAUCCCCCUUCUCAAAUGGAAGACAUCAAGGUUCUACUUUCAGCCAAUGGACCAAACCUUCCCUCUGUGCUGACUUCUCCUCUGGGAACACAGCUGGUCCUGAGUCCUGGGAAUUCUGCCAUCCUUGGUUGUCCAGUCAAGGGCCAUCCUAAUCCUAAUAUCACUUGGUUCCAUGACCAUCAGCCUAUUGCCACAAUAGCAGAACCAACAUACCGCAUUUUGGCAGCUGGGCAGAUUCUUCUGAUUGCAAAUGUCAGUGGAGGAUCUCAGGGCGAAUUCAGCUGCCUGGCUCAGAAUGAAGCUGGAAUGCUAGUGCAGAAGACCUCUCUGGUGAUCCAAGAAUACUGGUGGUCAGUGGACAAACUGGUGGGAUGUUCGGCCUCAUGUGGGAACAAAGGAGUUCAACAACCCCACCUGAAGUGUGUGCUGAAUAGUACCGAGGUCAGCCCUUCGUAUUGUGCAGGAAAAGCCAAGCCAGCUGUGCAACCUGUAGCCUGCAACCGAAGAGACUGCCCAUCCCGAUGGAUGGUCACUUCUUGGUCAUCCUGUACCCGAAGCUGUGGAGGAGGGGUCCAGACACGUCGAGUUACAUGCCAGAAACUAAAAGCCAAUGGAGUCUCGGUACCUAUGUCCAAUGAGAUGUGUUCCCAACUGGCCAAACGACCUGUGGACACCCAAGCGUGUAACCAGCAGCUCUGUGUGGAAUGGGCCUUCUCUAGUUGGGGUCAGUGUAAUGGGCCAUGCAUCGGGCCCCGGCUGGCCGUGCAACACAGACAAGUCUUCUGCCAGACGAGGGACGGAAUCUCCUUACCUUCUGAGCAAUGUAGUGCCCUCCCAAGGCCUGUGAGCACUCAGAACUGCUGGGCAGAAGCCUGCGGCGUGCACUGGAGGGUCAGCCUGUGGACACUGUGUACGGCGACGUGUGGCAACUACGGCUUCCAGUCGCGUCGGGUGGAAUGCGUACACAUCCGCACCAACAAGCCUGUACCGGAGCACCUGUGCUCCUGGAGACCCCGUCCUGCCAACUGGCAGCGCUGCAAUAUCACCCCUUGCGAAAACAUGGAGUGCAGAGACACCACCAGGUACUGCGAGAAGGUGAAGCAGCUGAAACUCUGCCAACUGACCCAGUUCAAAUCUCGCUGCUGUGGGACUUGUGGCAAAGCCUGA